AUGAAUCAAAUUCUGAUCAGGCUUCUGAGUGAAAUCUCUCCUCGACCUGAUGAUUUCGUCGCUUGUCUCGAAAACAGUGUUUCUGUUGAUGAACUAGAGGCAGUGUACAAGUCGGUGCAGGAUGAGAAAUUGGUCUUGCGCGGAAAGGACUCUGGUGGUGAACAAGGAGUAUUCGUCAAGCAGCAACUUAGCAGUCUUGAUUUCGUUGAUGGUCUCAUAAGAAAAAGGCUAGUUCUCCUAACCAAUAACACCGUGGACAGUGGCGGUUUAGACGUGGCUCGUGUGAUCUCAAAUGACGACGGGUUAGUGCAGCUGCCUCUUCACGUCGUACUGACCAAUGGAGUUGCUGUUUCCUACUUCAUUGACUACCUUCAGACUGUCGGUGGACAGAACUAUAUAGACUUCUACUUGGCAAUUGAAGGUUUCAAAGUGUCUGUGGAACACCAGCUGAGAACGCUUUCGAAUGGUGAAACUGUUGGAGACGAUGUCCACGAAACAAUCAAAGAGGCGGCACAGUUCAUGUAUCAGCAGUACCUUUCUCAAGAGGCAAUUACACGGGUUCCACUGGAUGAAAGCAUAAUUUCGAAAUUUCUAACGCGAAUAGAAAGCGAUGAGCCCUGUGAUUACUGGUUCGAGCAGAUCCAAGAAAAGGUUGUUGAAAUAUUGCGCACCGAUGAGCAUUUCUAUCCCGGAUUCAAGAAAAGUGCGUUAUACCCGAAAAUGCUCGCCGACUUAGGCAUCACAGGCCAGAAACACCGCAAUGCUGAACUGGGAUCCGCAUAUCGGUUUUUCGACCAAGACACAGCGUCCUUUAUGUCAAAGCAUAUAAUUGAGGAAGGUAUGAUCAAUGAUGGGAAGCCGGUAACAACGGCUGUUGUGGAAACCUUGGGAAUAGGACUGCAGGGCAGACAAUCGUUUGCUCUCUACAAUGUGCGAGUGAGUAGAUCUGUAAAUGGGAAGAAAGUGAGCAGUUGGAAUGUUUUACGAAGAUACAGUGAUUUCCACACGUUACACGCCUUCAUUGUUCAGAAGUACCCUAAGCUCGCUAAUCUUUCGUUUCCUGGAAAGAAGACCUUUAAUAAUUUGGAUGCCCAUUUCUUGGAGAAGAGAACCAAGUUAUUGAAUUUGUUCUUGGAAUGCGUUCUGCAACCUGCAAUGUUGGAAGCUUAUCCAGAACUUGAUGGUAUUCUUUUUGAUUUCCUCAGUCAAAAGGAAUAUCAAGGUAACCGAGAGCCGAUCGCCAAGAAGGUCAUGUCGGCGAUGUUUGAUCCUAUCAGAAUGAGUGUCAAAGCUGUUGGAAAUACAGUGCUAUCUGUCCCAGAUCAGGUUUACGGCGGAGUUUCGAAGGUCGGAGCUGGCAUAAACAAUGCAGCGAAGGUCAUAAUUGAGUCAACAUCGGAUAACAUCCCUCUGCGCGUCCUCGUCUUAUUUGUCGAUGAAGUUUUCGGUGUACGAGCUCGGAAUGCGUGGUUCCGUCGUCAGAUGGUGACCGUUCUCCGCCAGUUUGUCACUCCGUUCGGUACCUCGAUCAAUAAAAGGAUCGUAGACCUUGUGCAUUGGUUAACCAGUGAACAACAAGUAACAAUGUAUUUAACAGCUCUCAGGGACUCCGUGUGGCCAGAUGGACAAUUAGCCGGUGAAAGUCCACCUCGAUCGAUCGAAUCACGAGCAAGAGCCAGAAUUCUGGCCAAGUCGCUCAUGUUGUCGGCUCUACCGGAUGAGUUACGGUUGAUUUUAGGCGCUGAGACCACUUACACUGGUAUCAAUACUAUAUCAAAUGCAUUGCAAAAUAAGCAGUUGAAUCGACGACUGCUUUACGUUUUGCUUGAAAGACUACUUAUCACAAUUUUCCCAAAUAAUAGGCUGGAUAAGAUUUUUGCU